AUGCUACGACCUUAUCCAAUUGUUCUUGUUCUCCUAUUGAGCUCGGCAUUAUCCGAUGAUACCAGCAAUGGUGACAUUCUCGAAUUCACAGCCACUCGAUAUCAACUAUGCUUAGACAUUGAGAAUUUUGAUAUCACAAAUUCAGAAAGAUAAUCUGUCUUAGAUUCCAUAUAUUCAGAUCGAAAGGAAGAACUCUCAAGUCAAAUAGAAAAAUGGAUUAAUAACAGCUACGUAAUAUCUUCCGAUGAAUAUUUUAUCGAUCUCUAAUAUUACACUCUUCCCUGGUUGAUCCUCGCUAUUGCAACUAUAUUUUUAUCAAUCAUAUACCUUUGGAUAACCAUAUUGCCAAGUUCUAUGAUGAAUUGGCUAAAGUCACAUGGAGAGGACGAAUUCAUUUUGAAUGCCAAGCGAUUUCAUAAUUUUGGGAUUGUCACCAUUGUUGUACUAAAUUUCAUCCUCAUAAUAGUGUCCAUCAUCGCAUUGGUGUACUCAAACAAGGCACUCAAUGGACUGGAUUAUUCAAGUUGCUACAUGGCUUCAUCCUUCGACGAUUUGCUUGGAAGAAAGGAUGAAGUCUUCACUGGAUACAGUAUCUUGUAAGCUGAUUUCAAUUCAUUGACAACUACCUUCGCUGAUUUUCAAACUGAAUUGAAAAAACUCUAUCAAAGUCGAGUGUCCCUCACUCUACAAUCGCAAUAGCAAGAUGUCAUAGAAUUUAACGAUUAACUGAAGAGAAACGAGCCCAAUUCUCCUCUCCCUAUUUUGAUAUCCUCGAAUGGAACCAAUACCGUAGCGGCUAAGGAAUCCUAUUUCUCGAAAAUGAAAAUCAUCGAUUACAUGCUAUCCACAAAGGAAGAUGACGAAUACCUCACCUAUCUUAAGAGGAAAACAGAAUGCAAUUGGCAAGCCAAGUGGACGAGGUCAAGGAAUAUUAUGGGAAUAUCUUUUAGAGAUUUGGCUCUUAGAGAUUCCAAACUCGCACUCCUAUUCACUAAAGCCUAAUAAUAACUAUCAUACAUCGAUAACUCUCUGCUUAACUAUGCUACACUAUUCACUGAUUUCCAUCAAACUCUAGGUGAUGAUAUUAAUAAAUACGUUGAUUCGAUUAUUGGCUUAUUAAUAGUGUUAAUCAUAUUCGCUUUCAUUCAAAUCAUUUUAUGGUUGGGCCAUUUGAUUAACAAAAAUCUCAAGAUUAAAAGAGUCAUCGAUAUCCUCUGGUUUUUGUGCAAUCUCAUACUGAUUGGAAUUUUAAUUGUUAAUAUCUUCUUGCAAUCCAACUCCUAUUUAUCCAAGGAAUUAUGCAUCUACUUUGAUGGCCUCAUUAACAAUGUAGAAUUCUACUCACACCAAUAGAUCAUUGAAUUUUCAGAAGCCAAAACUGCCCUCCAUUCCUGUCUGUAUGGCGAUGGGAAUAUCUAUAAUCAAUUAAACCUCAAUUCCAGAUUCAAGGACAUCAGGACCUACAUUAAUAGCGAGAAUGGACUUUUAGAAGAAAUACAGCGACUCAAUUCAAAUCAAGCCCUCUACCUCCAGAAACUGAACAAUAACUCCCUGACCAUCACUUCAAUUCUAGAUGGCACCUUCAUUGACUUAAACCAAGAUGAGAGCGAUGGCUUGAAUAAGAUCAUACAAGAGUUUAACUCCCACAAAGAUAAGGAGAAUUGUGCAGAACUCUAAUCCUCAUUAUGUACUGAUGGAACCUACCCAAAAAGGAAUGGAAACUUCAACGAUUCUCAAAUGUGUUGGCAUCCCUCAUACCUGAUCACUAAAUACACUUCAUCAUGCUUGGAUCAGCAGGAUCUAUUUUACAAACUAAAAUUGCAUUUCCAAUCUCAGGCUCAAGGAUGGAUUAGAACCUAAUUGUUGGAAUCUUAAUUUGUAUCUUAAAAUUUAGAUCUAAAUUUAAAAUUAAAUCAAUACAUCAAAAACCAUACCACUUUUAUUGAGUUGGAACAAAAGACCCUGUCCAAUUUAUACAGUCUACUUAAGGGGGCCAAUUGCACAUUCAUGAAGGAUGACUUGAAUAAGAUGUUAGAUGGCAUGUGUGUGGUCUACUCAUACUAUCUUAAUAAAGUGUCAGUCCUAACUAUAGUUAUCGCCUCCUUGCUCUUCCUUUCAGUUUUAUUUAAUUGCUUCACUUCAAUCAAGAUUUCAUAGAUGGAAACGUACGAAGAAUAUGCUUCCACAAAGGUGAUCAACUUUGCAGGAUCCAGCAUGUUCAGAGCAUCAAUUGAAAUUAAUUAAAUAAUGUAAAAUGAAAGCCCAAUGCACAUUACUAGCACAUAAUUGGAAUUCAAAUGA